CAAAGACCAUGGUGCACUGUGCCGGCUGCAAAAGGCCCAUCCUGGACCGCUUCCUCUUGAACGUGCUGGACAGGGCCUGGCACGUCAAGUGCGUCCAGUGCUGUGAAUGUAAAUGCAACCUGACCGAGAAGUGCUUCUCCCGGGAAGGCAAGCUCUACUGCAAAAACGACUUCUUCCGGUGUUUCGGUACCAAAUGCGCAGGCUGCGCGCAGGGCAUCUCCCCUAGCGACCUGGUGCGGAGAGCCCGGAGCAAAGUGUUUCACCUGAACUGCUUCACCUGCAUGAUGUGUAACAAGCAGCUCUCCACCGGCGAGGAGCUCUACAUCAUCGAUGAGAACAAGUUCGUCUGCAAAGAGGAUUACCUAAGCAACAGCAGCGUCGCCAAAGAGAACAGCCUCCACUCAGCCACCACGGGCAGUGACCCCAGUUUGUCUCCGGACUCCCAAGACCCGUCGCAGGACGACGCCAAGGACUCGGAGAGCGCCAAUGUGUCAGACAAGGAAGGCGGCAGCAAUGAGAACGACGACCAGAACCUGGGGGCCAAGCGGAGAGGGCCGCGCACCACCAUCAAAGCCAAGCAGCUGGAGACGCUGAAGGCCGCCUUUGCCGCUACACCCAAGCCCACGCGCCACAUCCGCGAGCAGCUGGCUCAGGAGACUGGCCUCAACAUGCGUGUCAUUCAGGUCUGGUUCCAGAACCGACGGUCCAAGGAACGGAGGAUGAAGCAGCUAAGCGCGCUGGGCGCCAGGCGCCACGCCUUCUUCCGCAGUCCGCGCCGGAUGCGGCCGCUCGUGGACCGCCUGGAGCCGGGCGAGCUCAUCCCCAACGGGCCCUUCUCCUUCUAUGGAGAUUACCAGAGCGAGUACUACGCUCCCGGAGGCAACUACGACUUCUUCCCGCAAGGCCCCCCGUCCUCGCAGGCUCAGACGCCAGUAGACCUGCCCUUCGUGCCGUCGUCCGGGCCUUCCGGGACACCCCUGGGUGGCCUGGAGCACCCGCUGCCCGGCCACCACCCGUCGAGCGAGGCUCAGCGGUUCACCGACAUCCUGGCGCAUCCUCCCGGGGACUCGCCCAGCCCCGAGCCCAGCCUGCCCGGGCCUCUCCACUCAAUGUCGGCCGAGGUCUUCGGGCCCAGCCCACCCUUCUCGUCGCUGUCGGUCAACGGCGGGGCGAGCUACGGAAACCACCUGUCUCACCCCCCCGAAAUGAACGAGGCGGCCGUGUGGUAGCGGAGUCGCGCACGAUACGCGGAGUUCGUGGUUGUACAGAAACGAACCUUUAUUUAAGAAAAACAGAAAAAAAAAAAAGAAAAAAAAAUAAAAGCAAGUCAUCCCCCCCACUUCCUCCAGCUUGGGGGGUCAUUUUCCGUCUGGGGAUACCGGAUGGGAAAGGGGGACACGAAAUAGGAUCCAAAUCCGCCUGGAGGUAAAACUGGGAUCCGUGCGCUGGCUGGCAAGGUGCAGAACUGGGGCUCCCGCAGGGAAACGCAGACCUCUCCCCACCUCCCACCUGGACCCGGAUUCUUGGACAGACACCGCCGGCGUGAGCGAGAGCCCGGCGGGCUGCAUAAAAACACCCACGGCAGCCGCGGGAGGCGGCCAGUCGGUGGUGACGCCAGGAGCCGCGGGGAGGGAGGCUGCGCCCGCAGCCGGUUGAGGACGGUGAAGCGGCCGGGGCGCUCCCGGGCCAGCCAGGAGGGUUCUGGCUCUGGGAAAUUUAUUAGUGUUGUCUCAGAGUUCAGCAACAGCGACAACAAACUUAUAGCUUCAGAAACGCCGACCUGCUGUGCAUCAGGUGGGACUAUAUAUAUAUAUAUUUUUUGUCUCUCUGGGUUUUUUGGUUUUUUUGUUUUUGCCAAAAUUGCAAAAUUCUAAAUGUAAAGCCCUCAGUAUCAACUCUUCUACCUUCACAAAGCUCUACACACACACACACACACACACACGCGCGCGCACACACACACACACACACACACACACAAUAGGAUGGUCUCCAGCCAGACCUCUUAGUAAAAUGACUUGAACAUCAGCUGUACAAGAAAAGUAUUCUACCUUCACACACACAAAAUUAAAAAAAAAAAAACUAUUGAACUAAAAACAGUCAACUGUUUACGUAUAACGUUAAAUUCAGGAGUUCAGUGUUUUACUAAUAUAUCCUGUUUUGAAACCUCUUGUUCAAAACAAAAUGUUUUGAGCAAUCAACCAAAAUUGUUCAUUUUCUUUUCCUGUAGAUGUUCUGACAGAUUUACAGGGCUUACAGCUCACUGUGCUAGUAUGUAAAAAGGUGUUGUUUACACAAGGCAAAGAGAAAACGUGAUAUUCAGACACUUGCCAAAUAGAGUAAUUAUAGCACAAAUACUGUAAAGGUGCCUGGCACCACAACCUGAAAAAGUGUUAAAAAAAAAAAAAGUGUUACAAGGUUUAAAAAAAAACCAUCUUUGCUAAUUUUUAGUCCUGUUGAACAUUCAUGGAAUUGUUAAUAUGACUUAUAUAGACCCACACAGGUUUUAUUUUUGUGUCUUUAAAAUAAAAGUCCAAAAUAUUUAAAUUUUAUGGUCAAAUAUGCAGUCAACAGCUGCUACUUUUUUCUUUACAUAUUAAAUUUCUCGUAUGUCUUUUAUUGUUCUGAUAAACCUAAGCUUGUGUGACCUCCAGUGCAUAUUAGACCAUUCACUGUAUGAAAGAAAACAUGUUGAAUAAAUUUGUGAGUUUUUAAUAAAAAUAGAAAAUCUGA